AACAUCACAACAGCAGGCCGACAAUGGCUUCCAAGAUAGAUUCCAAUACUCCCUGAUCAUCCUCACGUUCACCGUAGACCAUGUUCCAGCGGCGACAAAUGACGUUCCUGGUCUCUAUCGGUUACCGUAAAAUUUCUCGAUCGGAAACAACCCCAGAAUGCACAAUGUCCAUCCAUCUCUUAAUUACCUUUAUCCCACCAGGGCGACUUCCUGACCCCUCGCAGGCGCCCAAACCCUCGAUGAGGCAUCAUGGCGGGAUCUUCCGAUAAUGAAAAUGACUCGCGGACCGCCUCUGUUGGUGUCCAGCGCAGUCGCUUGAAUGACUCGACCGACUCGUCGCGCCCCAACUCGUCGGAUCCAAAUCCGAAUCCUCGAAAAAGGCAACGGAGAAAUGGCAAAUCUGCGGUGCUGGACGUGCGAGACUUUGUCCCUCAAGGUGCUGCUUUCACUGCCGUAUCGCUGGAGGUAGAUCCGGACAGCGCGUCCAGCUCUGGUUCUGACUCGUCCGACAGCGAUAACGACGGCAAAUCCACUACGUCCGAUGCAGAGAAACAGAACGCCGCGCGGACGAAUCCUCAGGUACCUGCCAUUAACUGGAACAAGGCGAGCAAGAGUGGCAUCAGAACGUCGCUAUCUAGGCGAGCGGACAGAACGGGCGAGGACAAACAAGCUUCUUCUCAGUUCAAGGCCGUCAACGACAAAUUCUGGCGCAGUCGCAGUGCUUCCGUGUCUAGUGACGGUGGCGAUCAGGAUGUUACGUUGGUUGAAAACGAGGGUGACAUGGAGGAAGGGGAGCUUGACGAGGAGACAUCAGCAGAGUCAAGUGACAUGGAUCAAUCUGGAGAUUCGGAUGACUCCGUAUCUCUGGAUUCCGAGGCUGAUGACUCUAUAUUGCUGAAUAUUGGCGAUCAGAAUGAUCAAACAGAUGGCUUAUCUGCUGAAGUAAAACCUGUUUCGGUGAAUGGAACCGCCGCAGGCGACCGAUCGACAAUAUCAAAGGAAGAAUCACAUCGUCUCUUUUCCCAAAAGUACUCCGUCGCUCCAACAAUACUCGCGGAUCUCGAUCGAAAUGAUAUGGAGGUACAGGCCAGGUGCUUGUUCUAUGACCGCGAAAUCAACGACAUCAACCUUCAGUUGCCUAUAUCGUGCACCGAAUGCUUAAAAGAGGGACAUCUUGCAGUAGUGUGUCCUUCCAAGGAGUGCGUACAUUGUGGCGCCUGGAACCAGCACCAAAGCAUAUUCUGCCCAUCCUGGCGGAGAUGUCAACGAUGUCGCGAACGCGGUCACGAUGAAGAGCAAUGUUCGUCGCUCCUCAAAGGCUCCGCAUCCGAGAUACCUUGCGAUCUCUGUGGAUCGUCCAGCCACCUGGAGCUCCAGUGUGAUAUGAUGUGGAAGAUUCCACAGCAGGAACUGCCCUCCGGGCCCGUGCUAGUCUCAAUCUCAUGCUCUCACUGCACCAGCAACCGCCACCUUGUAGGCGACUGCCCGUCCUUCUCACGAUCGAUGGUCUCCUCAUCAUUCACACUCCGAGGCAUCGACCCGCACAUGGUGACCAACAUCAACUCAGUAACCGGCGGCAGGCAAGGCGGACCAGCCCCCGAAGAGGCCAGAGCGGCAUGCAAAUCCGGGGCCGACAUGAUGCCCAGGGCGGGCCGGCAACCCGGCGGUCGAAACGCGAACGCGAACGGCAACCGGCCCAACAUCCGAAUCGGCAGCGGGAUAGGAAGGGGCAAGAAUCUUGCACCUGCUGGCCCUCGCGCCUCCGACCGGGAUACCCGUCAGACGUACCGAGACCGUCAGGACUAUGGGGGCCACAAUUCCCGCCAGCGCUCCAUAGCCAAUGACCGCCGGCAGCCACCGCCUCGCUCGCCUCCUCGGAAUCGACCGGAGCCGUCCCGUCAGACAAGAGGCGGAGGAAACGGCGGGGGUCGGGGUGGUCGAGGCGGACGAGGUGGUGGUGGGAACAAACGAGGUGGUGCCAGCGGAGGUUCCAACGGGGAUGGCUAUCGUCCGAUGCCAAGUGCCGCGAAAAAAAACUGGGACAGAUACAGACUAUGA